GGAACAAUAAGUUGAGAGAGGAAAGAAACAACUACAGUGACGAGCUACUGAGAGUGAAGGAUGAAAACUACAAACUGGCCAUGAGGUACGCCACGCUGAGCGAGGAGAAGAACAUGGCGGUGAUGAGGAGCCGCGACCUGCAGCUAGUGGUACUGAUGAACGUCGGAACCCCUGAUCCCCUACAGCCCCGUCACCCCCCAGCGGGACCCAGAGGAGGAGGGCCGUCCUCGUGUGUGCGCUGCGCGCACCGCUCUGGCAAAAACCAUCAUCCAGAAAAUACUCAACAGUGGGGAAGCCAUGGACUAUCAUACCUGCAAACAGACACCCUGUCGAAAGAAGAGUUUCAUCUGAAACAGAACGUGGAGCCCUUCAUUCACUACAAAGAGAAACAAGCCACGUUUGAAUGCAUCACCCGAGAAAACAUAGAGGCUGUCGCAUCUAAGGGGAAACACUGCCUGCUGGAGGCGGAGCUGAGCUGCGUCAAAGAUCUCCUGCGAAGAGAAAUCUACCCGAUCAUCAUCUACGUCAAGAUCUGUGAUAAAAAUGUCAAGAAGUUACGGAAGUUGCCUCUGCGCGUGGAGUCGGAGGAAGGGUUCGUGAAGUCGUGUCGGGCCAAAGUGAAGGAGCUGGAGGGCGUCCCGUGUCUGUACGGCAGCGUGGAGCCGGAGGCCUGGGCGGGACCCGACGACCUCAUCAGGGUCAUCAAGGAGCGCAUCCUGGAGGAGCAGAAGAAGACCGUGUGGGUGGAGCAGGACCUGCUGUAGACACACACAGAAAUACACAAAAUAACACACACACAGAUACACAACAACUGUCUGUACACGACAAUAGACAUGUGUAUCUGAGCCCUAUGGAAGCCCGUAGGGGACUUUAUUCAAAUUAUGCUUUUAGACUGUUUCAGACUGUUUGUCUGACUGUUGUUUGUUUUACUCUGGUUUUUCUGUUAAGUGAACUUGGGUCCCCUGAAAGGCGUUAUAUACAUUUAAUUUAUUAUUAUUAUUAUAAUUUUUAUUAAACCUGAAAAAUUAAAUCACUUUUUUUUUUAUUG